CUCACAGUGCGCAAGACUGUUUAUCCGGUCAGUCUGGAAAGCAGAGCCUCUCGUGCUCAUCCGCUCUGCUGGCUACACACUUUAUUUGCUUUAUGACCUCUACUUUUCCCUCGCGUUUACUUUUGUUUUUGUCGCAUCCGGUUCGUUCGGACACGUCACACAGUAAUGAAACGUGUGCAGCACCUGGAGCGCGCGAAUAGAGGGGAACGAGCCCCCAACCACCAAUAAGCUGGAAGGGAGGAAGGGGGGUGUGAGAGAGAGAGAGAGAGAGAGAGAGAGAGAGAGAGAGAGAGAGAGUGUGGUCAAGUGGUCAGACGGGCCGCGCUCGAUGAAAAGUUCAGCUCCCACCGCAGGGCGCACGAGCUGCUCGAAUCCACGGCUUAUCGUUUUUCUGCGCGGGGGAGACGCCGCGCGCGCGUUGGCUCAACAUAAAUACAUCCGCACGAGCGCUCUCUAAGGAUCCAGUGCCACUGAGACGUUAGAGAAGAUCCAGCCUGAACCUGCUACGGAUUUACACCGCACGAGAGCAGAGACAUACGCCCUCACUCCCAGCGGAACGACAAUAAACAGCGUCGGACAUGAAGAUGCAGCCCUGACACAACUGGCCACUGCCUGAGCUAAAGGCUACUUCGAUGCGUCUGUCACUUCUCUGCGUUUCCUGACCUGUCAGCACACUUCCAUCUUCCUGGGACAGACAAAAAAAUACAGAAAUCUAUAUAAUGUGGAUCUACUGACUAGGAGCGAGGAGAAAAGCUGCAGAACCUUCAGGAGCAUCCGAGAAGCGUUUUUUGGUGACCACAGCGCGGAGCUUCCUGCACCAUGCAACGCGUCCUGCAACCUCAGGUGUUUUCUAUCUGGAUUACACUAAUCUCUGGGGCCAUGGCCGAGUUGACGUGUGAUGCCUUGCUCCUGAUGUCCACCAACCUCACAGCUCGGAGUUUAAUACUGUGGAACCAGACAUCCAGCUCAAGCAAUUCCACAGGUUUGUUCUGUAAUAUAUCGAUAGACGGCAUCGGGACGUGUUGGCCCAGGAGCAGUGCAGGUGAAGUGGUAGCACGGCCCUGUCCUGAGACCUUCCUGGGGGUCCGCUACAACACCACAAAUAAUGUCUACAGAGAAUGCCUCACCAAUGGGACUUGGGCAAAGAAAGGGAACUACUCCCAGUGUCAGGAAAUACUCAAUGAAGAGAAAAAAAGCAAGCUGCACUACCACAUCGCAGUGAUCAUAAACUACCUGGGCCACUGCAUUUCUCUGGGAGCUCUGCUGGUUGCCUUCAUUCUUUUCAUGAGACUCAGGAGCAUUCGAUGCCUGCGGAACAUCAUUCAUUGGAAUCUGAUAACAGCCUUUAUCCUCCGCAAUGCCACCUGGUUUGUAGUGCAGCUAACCAUGAACCCAGAGGUGCACGAGAGCAAUGUGAUCUGGUGUAGACUGGUCACUGCAGCAUAUAAUUACUUUCAUGUGACCAACUUUUUCUGGAUGUUUGGUGAGGGUUGCUAUCUGCACACAGCCAUCGUACUGACCUACUCAACUGAUAAGCUGAGGAAGUGGAUGUUCAUUUGCAUCGGCUGGUGUAUUCCAUUUCCUAUUAUUGUUGCAUGGGCCAUUGGUAAGCUGUACUACGACAAUGAAAAGUGCUGGUUUGGGAAGCGAGCUGGUGUUUAUACUGACUACAUCUACCAAGGCCCCAUGAUACUGGUCCUUCUGAUCAAUUUCAUUUUUCUUUUCAACAUUGUGAGAAUCCUAAUGACAAAGCUGAGGGCCUCCACCACUUCAGAAACCAUUCAGUACAGAAAAGCAGUGAAGGCCACUCUGGUGCUGCUGCCACUGCUAGGCAUCACCUACAUGCUGUUCUUUGUGAACCCUGGAGAGGAUGAGAUCUCCCAGAUUGUUUUCAUCUAUUUUAACUCUUUCCUCGAGUCCUUCCAGGGCUUUUUUGUGUCUGUGUUUUAUUGCUUCCUGAACAGUGAAGUACGAUCAGCAGUUCGGAAGCGCUGGCACCGCUGGCAGGACAAGCACUCCAUUCGAGCAAGGGUGGCGCGGGCCAUGUCGAUCCCCACCUCUCCGACUCGGGUCAGCUUCCACAGCAUCAAACAGUCAUCUGCCGUUUGAUCUCAACUGAUCUUGACCACCAAAUCUUUACUUGUACUGCACACCCCCAACCUCUCCAACCCUAAGUAACUACAGCCAGCCCUCCGCUCCCUCAAGAAAACCCAGGGAACAGCUGCGGUCCAAACAGGGUAUGAGGCCUUCAACUAAAUAAUGCCUCCAAAUGGGGUGCCAGUGUACAAAGAGUUAAAGGCUCACCUGGCAGGACAGUUAAGAGAAUGGACAGAUGAGUGGAAGUAAACAUGGAGCAGAGCUACUCUCUGAUCAUGUGAGGGUUGGACUCAAUCUGUGCAGAAUAAAGGACAGAGAUGCCAGGCUCCAAAACAAACAUUAUGGUGGAGUCUGUCAGGUAGAAAUGAUCAAAGUUUAAUUUAAUUUUCUUUUCCCCUAGUCUGCUUUCCUGAGUGUAUAUGAUUUUCUCAGUGGGGGAUUUCGCUGCUGGCUCGGCUUCACUGGCAGACCUGUUGGAUCAAGGGAUUGAAGUGUGGGAGCUUCGAGCAGAAAUGUGUCAAAUUACUGCAGAUUUUAAAUCAAAUUAUAUGGCCAGCAUGAAGGGUUGCUUUCCCAACAAACCACCCAUGCUGGUAUCAAUGGUAGACUUGUUGUCCAUCUGGGUUAAAUCUUUUGCUGUUAUUGGAGUACUCCCUAAAUAUAAUGUCAUCAUAGGUAUAUAUCCGACAGCUAUAUGAACCACCAUUCAAAUACAAGACUACAAACUACUGCCCUUUAGCAUUUGGACCAUGUUCACAUUUGUAGACAAACACGUAGACAAAAACACUGCCAGUUUCAGUUUUGAGGAUUAGUCAAUCUGUUAUCAGACAGACUGGGCAAGGAAGUGUUACAUGAGCUUAUCCUCAAAUUGUAUAAAAAAGUUUAUACAAUUCAAUUAGGCCAUCUGGAAAAAAAAGAUUACCGCAGACUGUUUGAACUACUCUAACACAUAGACUAUCAUUUUUUGUGCAGUUCUUCAUUCAUAAGCAUUCAUGAAUGUAUCAUUCAAGGUUGUGACAGAUGACCAGCAAUAUAAUCUUCAAAAGACAGAGCUCAAAUUAAGUGUAAGUGCUGGAGGUUUCAACGUAAGUCAACAAAUAUUUAAUCUUAUGGAGCCAGUUGUGAUGUUAUAACGAGAACAUCUGGGGACAACCAUGUAAAACUGAUUUUAAUGUGGAUGGAAGCAUAAACUCCAGAAAACUCAAAUUAAGCAAGUAGAUAUGUAGUGCAUGUACCAAUACAUAUGCAGUCAAAGUAAACGGUACCAUUUGCAAUGGAAAACCAGUUGCAUUAGUGAAAGCAUUUCACUAGCUAGCUUGUGCUUCUGUAGGAUUGUAAACUGGAUGUUAAGUCCAGGAACUCAGAGGUGGGGUUUUAGACAGGGUGUACUCCUGCUUGGACCUCACCACAAUCCAGAACCAAAGUUUUGCCAAGUUCUCAUUCUAAGAUCACACCUCACCCACUAGACUAAGAGGUUCUGCACCAUUGUCCAUUGUUGUGUGUCUACAAACACGUAAAUCAGUCCUUUCACUCAUCACUUACUCGUUAUGAUUGAGGUGUUCCCAAAGUUUCAUCUUUUGGACAUCCUGUGUUUGGUCAUCAACCUAAAGCAUACUGCUGCAUAAUCCAUAAAGCUAAGCAGACCAUACAGGCAUAUCACUUUCAGAGACUUGAUAUGUCAGCUCCAAUUAUAUAAGCAAGCAGAAAAUAUACACAUAUACACACACACAUACAUAUAAAUAAAACUUUUCAUGCCAGUGGCAGCUCAAAGUGCUUUACAGACCUAGUUAUACAAGAAAUCAUUAGUAUUUAAUUAGAAUCAGAAGAAGACGAAAAAGAUCAAAUUACAGUUUUAUUUAAUCUAUUGGGGUGCCCAGUAUUUAUCCUAUUGCAGAGGAAAUGGCCAUCUAUAUUUUCCAAAUUGGGAUAUGUAGGCCUUUCUUAUUUUAACACUAGCUCUACCUCUCUUUCUUCUCCGUUAUCCAGGCCAGCCCUGUGACUUUCACACCCUCUUUGAGCACCCUAGGGACAAGAGCAGAGAGAAGCUUUGACAUCAAUAAAAUGCUUUUCCACCUGGUUAGGUGAAGGUUUCUAAAGGCACAUUCAAAAAAGCAGAGAGACAGGCUCCAACAUAAUAAAAAGCUUAUUGUACAAAACAAAAAAGGAAGGACUCAUUCCCUACCCUUUUAAGAAGCUCAAACAAUGUAUUCAGCAAACAGCCAAGCUUCCAGUACAAAUUCUCAAAUUACCAGCAAGCUAACAGGAUGAACACAAAAUAGUGAGAAACAAGGCUAGACAAAAGACAUGGUAUGUUGGCAGUUAUGUUUAACAAGACUACUGGAGUCUAAACAGAUUUUCUCUCUAACAAGCCUUAAAACCAUCACAUUGUGUAUAAAAACUAAAAAUUUGAUAUUUAACACUUGCAAUUUGUGCGGGCACAUAGCACAAGUGUCAAUUACUGUAGACAGAAGAACAGUCAUUAAUUGUGGAUUUCUGGAUCACCCUCUCCAGUGUUUUUUUACUAUAUUAAGAUGCAGAGAAGAGAUGUACAAAAUGGCUCCAGACUACAUUUGGCAUUCUACAGUGAUUUAGGCUGGCUUCACAUGAUGGCACUUACAUGCAGCUUCAGUUGCCUAAAAUGUAAAAACUGUGCAUCCUGAAUCUCAUUUGACACUCUGUCAUAACAGUUGCAAGCAGUUCAACUUCAUUAAACAAGUUUCUUGAAACAGCCAAUCAGAACUGCCACAACGCACAUGUUGAGGUCAAGCAACAUUUCAAGUUCCAAGUUCCUCAAAGUAACGGACAACAAAACAGCAUACUGGAUGACUCAAAAUGAGAUCCUCCUGACUGCUGUUACACUGUUUACAAGGUCUGUAGUUGGUGUCUGUUCAUUGAGCCAUGAGCACAAACUAUUUUAUUGGAGCUAAAAUUUCUGUCACCAGCUGGUUUUACUUAUUGUAAUCUGAGCUACAUUAUUCCUUUUCUCCUCUCUUGACAUUCCCUCAUUUGAGAAUCAAUGGAUGGAAUUACUAGAAAAGAGAAGACCAAGGUGUGGGGCCUAAUAAAUCACAGAUGCACAGAUAAACAAUAUAUGUACAUACAGUUAAAGAAAAAGGAAGGGCAUUAGCAGAUGGAAAAAUUAUACAAAAAUGAUAAUGCUGCAAAUGUGCAAAUAUAAAUGACACACUGCAGAUGAAUUUGUUUAGCAAGAAUGAUGUAACGCAUUAAAAAUAAGAUGCUAAUAUGCUAGACUAUCAGAGUAACUGAAUGUAUAGCUUUCAACCUCUUCGUUUUUAACAGCUUCAUGUAACUGUCAAGUUGCACAUAAAUUAUGUUGCAUGAAACUCACAGCAUGAAAGUUUCAUCAUGUAAAUCCAGCACUAGGGACCGGUUUGCCCUCCUAUUCCACAUUAAGCUUAAACAAUUGUAAAAGAACUGUAAAGGCAAAGGCACAAGGCUUUUAAACCAAAGCUGUAUUCCUGAUUAUAAGGACAUUGAAAGAGUUUUACUCUGCUCUGAAUGUGCAAUCAAACAAGACAUGGUGAGAUGCACUGUAAAUGAAUGUACUACAUGUACAAAUAGUUAAACAACGCUUAAGUGGCAUAUCUAUGCGACAUCUCUAUGAACAAAUAGGUCUUUAGAAUUUCCCACUAGGAUAGCAUACAUACUGAACCUGACAAAACCCUUGCUAUUUCCAGGAAAACCAACAACCACUGCUUCAAGUUUCAGCUCAGUAGUCUAUCCCAGGGAUGUCCAAUCUUAUCCACAAAGGGAUGGUGUGGCUGUAGGUUUUCACUCCAACAAUGCAGGAGCAUACACCAUCGGUUGUUUGAAGACCAACUAAGACCAAAUGAUUUAAGGAGUAUAAUCAGAUGUGUUUCAGGCCAUUUGCAGGAUAGGCUUGACACUACUUGUGGUGCUAAAAGUGCUUAAAGUUUAACAGACUUCUAAUUGGUUGGACAAAGCGGUAAAAAUACAGCAAAUGUUCUUUUAGCACUUUCAUGGCCACUGUCCCAUUCCACAAAACUGGUAUUUCAUUGUUAUACAGCUAACUAACAAUCAGUUCAGUGUUUGGACACAUUGUACACAUUUGCUACUUUUUUUGUCAGAAAAGAGCAGAAUUAAUUGAACAGAGCAGAGUCAGUCGAUGAAAAUAGUGUUCAAAAUAGCAAUAUGAAGCUGUGUUAACUUUCCAUUUGAACAAAAAUGAAGACAAUGGACGAUAAACCAGUGGAACUGACCAUAACUUACUUUAUACCUGAUAAGGACAACAACCUUUCAAUUCUGCAAAUCAGAAGUUGGGAAGCAUCAAUACCGAUAUAUCAGCUAUUGGCCCGAUACUGUGCUCAUUUAGUUGUACUUGACCUCAUAAGCCACUGAUCCUCAUAUUCAACUAAUAUCAGCUGAUACAUGAAAUAAGCCAAGUGAACACUGCUAAUGAACACAUGACACCAGCUGGAAGUGAAUGAGGGUCUGCUUAAACAAAGUUACUGACUCCAUGGUUGUCAGACACAAAGCUGUCGGUAACUUGAAAACAUUCCACUUUGGCACGUUCCCACGAGGAACACACAGCAUGAUUUUAGACACAAUCACAGCCUCAUAAAGGCAGCCAAUAAAGGUGAAGAGGUAUAAACGUUAACAGUGAUUUUUAAACUGUCUUUGUAAAAUAGGCUACCGACAAUACCCAUUUGGUUAGCAAACCGCUUUUUUGAGAAAUUGUCCAUAGACAAAGUUGUCUGGAGAGGCUACAUUUCAUGUAACAUGGACCGAGCGUUUUCGUACAUUGUGAUUCACCAAAGAGCAAUAUUUCUAAAAUUGUGCAGAGUAAAUCUGGCUUAAAAGGACACUUAACUACAGGUCAGCCAAAAAGACUUCAACACAAAAAGUGAGCCCCACAGAUGUGAUUCCUGCUGUCACUGUGCUACAGAGACCACUGUUUAGACAGAUGAGGAGCAAGGGCCAAACCUAAACCAAAACACUUUACUUACAGCUGUACAGAAGCACUUUUCUGAAGUGGAACUAAACCCGCUCUUUGCCACUGCAAACUACUCAAUUUAGGAUAAUUAUCGUAGCACAGCUAGCUAAUGCAUGUCAUUGAACUCAUUCAGCUAGAUUUUAAUUAUUUAUCGGUUAAGGUACACUGCAUUCAUUCACACAACUACAACUCGAAGUAUGUAGUUCAUUAAGGUAUCAGACUAUCAGCGAGUACUACACCUGUACUCAAACUUGUACUCGGUCUGGGGGGAGAAAAAAAAAAUGGUAUCGAUGCAGCCCUGAAGUAUAUGUCCCCUGCAUCAAGCCAUCAGCCUGAUUCACCACUUCCAAGCAGAAAUCUUCCUGGAAUGGGCUAAGUUGAGUUCCACAGACCAACAUAACUGGUCAUAAAUGUUAUGUCCAUGCAAUACCUGAGCCACUAUUGAUCAAAGCUUGUGACUGCUUACUGCUCAAUACUCUAAACUGACUACAUUAACUCUAAUUAAAUCUAGUUACUGUGAUGCACACAGUCAACUGUGUCCAUUACAGAUGAAGAAAAGCACUGAACGAAUGCUGACUUAGGACAUAAAGCUGUGCUACUACUCUCAUAAGAAUAAUAAUUUAGGUAAACAUGCUGAGAAUGUCUAUAGUGCGAUGGAUUGACCUAGACCCUGAAACAUCCUGCUCCAAUAUAGCAACCUGUCAUGCUCAUUGUGUAAUCCGGCAACACUAAGGUAGAAUUGUAGAAAAUUGUAGUAAUUACUACAGACCCCGCUGAUAUGUACAUUUGGUCAACAAUACCAAUUUUAAGGGUUUAAAAAUUCAGACAAUAUAACUGAAUAACCAAUUAUAUUGGCUGAUAUCAUUUUGAUUAUGAUUGUUUUCUCAAUGGUUAUCAUCCUUAAAUUCAAACAAACCUAAAUAAUGUAAAGCUUAAAUGGAAAUACCAUUGCACUGGUGGUGAAACGUCCCAUGUAUCUUUGUUUUCUAUUAAUCUCUUUUUCCUUUAAAUCUUUACAUAAAAAUGUGUAAUGUGUUAUUUUCAAGGUCAGGAAAUUUGACAUGUUUUUAUUAUUUUAACCAUAAUUGUGUUUUCUGUUCAUAUUCAACAGUCAUUAUGUUACAACCAUCUGACGUUCUGCCUUACCACCAGGAGAUUGCUAGGUUAAAUCUCUGCAGGACGGUGACAAAAAAAGUCAGUAAUUAUCAGAGUAUUAUCGGCUAUUUUAUUAAAAGACACUGAUAAAACUGCAGACCAGCAAUAUAGUGCAAUAUUACCAGCAAACUGAUAUGCUGGUCAAGUUUCUGUAGUAACUGCUUGUGAUAAUAGCAGGGUGGUUUCACACCAUGUAAUCUGGCCUUUACAAUCAUCAGAAUCAAGCUUUGUGAUUAUGUUGGUUCUAGACAAUUUAUUGACGUUUGAAAUCAAUCGCCUUUCCACUGAAGGCGCAUCCGCUUUGGGGUGGGGAUGUAGUCAGAGCAAAUUUGUUUUAAUGUGUCUGCAGCCUUUUGUUAUCGCCAGAAUAGCUUGUCAAAAUGUGACCCAAAUUGCUGGCAAACAAAAACAUGGAAAUAUGUGGAAAAUAGAAUCAUCUUGUUUGUCAGCCGGCACUGCAAAUGAAGGAUUAACCAGAAUUUUUCCAAUUAAAAGAGAAAACUCAUGUAUGCUUUCAUUUUUGAUCGCUGUAUUGCUAUGACUGUGGUUUAAACUGUAUGUCAGUUCAGAGCUUGGUCUUAUAAACAAACAAACAGAUGAAAAGGGUGACAGGGAUUGUUGGAGAUGCUUGAGCUAUUGUUGGUUUGUCAAAUGGAACCGUUUGGCAUCAAAUGUGAAAGUGGCUAAAGGGCAUGUGAGGAUUUGAUUCAGCAUCACGAGCUGAAGCCUCACAAAGCAAAGCUCUCAUCUCUGUCCUGGAUACACUUCAUGAGAUUUUUUUCUUUAUUUAUAGCACUUUUAAUGGAAAACAGUUCAAACUGCCACAUUCAGAUUGAGCAGCAAAAAGCCAACAAUUAAAAUGGCUGUUGAGUCUAAAUCAAACACAUAAACCUUCUGAAACUCUCAAUUAGAUUUAAGCAUUAUUAUAGAUCACCAUUCACCAGAAGCCAUACAGGCCUAUUAAUCCUGCUCAGACUCUAACCAAAGCUUUCUUAGGGCUGCAUAACACCAAUCACCUAAGAGAUAUUAACUUCCAAGUCAAUUUAACUGUAGAUCUCAUAUCUUAGAAGUGUACGAUAUUCAUACAAGCACCCCCUUAUUAAAGCCCAGUGAUGCCAAAUCUAUACCUCCAUUAAAAGGUGUGACAAGCUCAAUCAUUUUUUGGAAAUUCACAGCAUGGGAGUUACAUCUCAGCUGCUUUGUCUGAGCAUUUUCCCCCCUCACUCUUUUCUCGGUAAGUGGGUCAGGCAGCCACUAGACACCAGCACCAGACAACCGCUACUCCAAAGAAAAGUGCCAUCGUCAGUACUCUCAAACAUCUGCAAUACACCAACAUAUGAUGCACUCAAUGGGCUUAGCGAAAAUGUUCAAACAACUGCUUCAUACAAAUGGAAGAGGAACAUGACAAGCAGUAGAAAGAAAGCUUGGAUAAACUUCUCCAUCUUAGUAUUAAAUGUUCUAACUGACAACACAAAGAUACAAAUAUAUAUGUUCCAUAGUAAGUAGAACUCCUUUAUGCUGAGGUCAGUGUCUAUCAGAUUUGUUGGCCAUAGUCCUGUAGCCUAUAUAUCUUGAGGUUUGGCAGAACUACUUUAAUUUCUUUUUCGAUCGGUGUAAUGCUCGUCAUCGUAGUGUCAGUAAAGUCCACUAACAAGGUACAAUUAUGAACACUUCUGUCCUCACACCUUUAUUUCCAUAAAAUGCAAAGCUGCUGUCACUUUAUUUAAUCUCUUUGGUUCUUUAUGUUUUCAACAGGAGUAAGUUAUACAAGGCCUGGACCUAUUUCAAUCACAUCAUCUGUAUCUACAAACGGUGUUUUUUUUUUCCUGUGUUCGUCCAUGUUGUGAAGCUGUACAUACAAAAAUAUUUAUUUAAAUGUAUUUUGCACAGAAAUCUAUAUUUAUCACAUUAUUUAAAAGUGGUUGAGGUCAGAGCACACAGCCACACAAGUGACAGAGCUCAUAAUAUAGCAAACUAAGGUCCAAAGUGUGUGGCUUCAGAUAGGAGAGAUGAAAUGUGUGAUUUGCUUUGAUUCUGUGGUUCUGUAGAAAAAUCUUGAUCAUUUCAUCUUCUACAGUGCUUAAGGAACAUUUUGUUUAUUACAUUUGUUUACCUGUUCCAUCUGUUUUAUAAUUUUGAUGCUGACAGAAUUAAGGACCUGUAUUAUUUGUACAAAGUCCAAAUGCUUGAAGGCUUCAAGAACUAUGAUGUGUUUGAGUCAUGCAUUAAAUUUUUGUUUUCUGUA